AUCCAUCGCUUCUUUCGUGACCCCGUUUUUUUUUCUUCUUGAUUUGCGAUGAGUGAGUCACAGGUUUUCCUCCCUUGACUUGUUUUUAAUCGUCACAAAUGCUUCUUUUUCAUUUCCCCCCCCUUACUUAAAAAAUAAUAGAAAUAGUUUUUGCAUCACUACCUUUCUGAAGUCAUAACACAAUUUCAUGCAUGGCUGAGUGCUUCUCUGCUUUAUCUUGGCCACAUCAAUCGUAAUGCAGCGAUUUGAAAAAAUAAAUCCAUAAAAUAACUUUUUUUUUUUUUGCAAAGGGGGAAAAAAGUGAGCAAUUUCCAUGCAUGAAUCACUUCCUUAUUGUCCAUAUGAGAUCAGAGGGCAACAUGACAUGAGGCAUGAGAACUCCUUGGACUCCUUUAUCUAAGUUUUCUUGAGUUUUUAUUCAUUUUUUUUUUAAUGCUGCUUUUGUCCAAAUGAUGUGACUUUAUGUUCCAGAGAGCGACAGCAGCAGCUCACCUUUAGUUUAGAGUUGUCUGCCUGCCCACAUACAGCACAACACAGAAGUGUCUUGUUUAAAUACUAAAAAACACCCCAACAUGAAAUAACCCUGAAAGCUCGUGCAGAUCAUUUUGCGUCCCUUUUUUUGUGCAUUUGGAGUUUGCGUAGCGUGUGCAUCAAAGGGUUAAACACGUCACAUUACCAAAAAGAAUACAAACUAAAAUUAUACCUCUAAAUUUGCCUGAAAUCCUUCAGCACUGGGCUGCAGUGGAGGGCAGGUGCGCCCUAAGAAAUAAAACAAAACGUUUCAAAACUGACCAGAAAGCCUGAAGUUUAUCUUGGAUGCACGUUUCAAAUGUGGCGAGGGAUGGGUUUGAUUCCAAAUUCUGAAAUUACGAAAGAAAGAAAGUGGCCAUAUGGUUGGAGUUUGCCAAAGUGUGACUUCGCACCUCACCACCGUGGCGCAUGGAGACACUUGGGGACGCGUCAAAGCGCAAUUUGGCUCCGGCUGCGAGGGCCCCCUGAUAAAUAGGAGGCUCCUGCUCACCAGCCACACAACGCCUGAGGACUUUACGCAGGACUGACCGCUAUCCUACAAAGCAACCAUGGAAUCUUUCGCUACUAACAAUGGAUUACCUUCUCUUCCAAUUGGAGGAAACGUUACCCAGCAGCCUGGCCUCUUCUGGAGACCGUGGACUGGAAUAACGGCCGCGCACACGGCUGAGUCUCUUCAUGGAGACCUUUCAGCCGCAAAACACUCCAAAACUCCCCAGUUCGUUCAUCCAGUGAAGCUGAUGUGGCCGAAAUCGAAAUGUUUCGAUCACCUGUACCAGGACGCAGAGGUGCUCCUGCGCAACUAUCCGGUCCAAGCGACCAUCUGCGUGUACACGGACAUCAGCAGUGAUGAAGACAGCGACGACGACGAUGAAGAGGAGGCGAUGGAGAAGGAUCUGAACUAACGACACUGACCUGUAGAAUAACGUGAUAAUAUAUUCCUUUUAACUUAUUGACUGUAAAUAUGUGUACAUAAACCUUUUUUUUUUGUUUUGUACUUCUUUACUGAAGACGAAUGUAAAUGUUUAAGUUAUUCCUUUUUAACUUUUCUACCUUUUUUUGUAAUUUUCUGAAAAAUUGCAAUAAAAUACUUAA